CCCAUUCAAGACACUGUCUAUCCAAUUCUGAUCAUCACAGUAGUCACAAUGUCAUUGCUUGUAUAUCGACGGCUCGAGAACGUUGUACAUAGAGAGCACAUAGUGGGUACCUACACUAAAGCAGACAGUUGAUGUCGACAUGGGCUCAUCAAUCGCACCGCUCGUUCUCACUCUCGCACCGUCUGCUGUCACGCCUGCGCUGUCUGCUGUCUCACCGCGCUGUCUCGCCCGCCCCGUCUGCCGUCUCGUCUGCCCCAUCUACCAUCUUGCCACUCUCUCGCGCCGUCCGCCGACUCGUCUGCCAUCCCGCUUUGCCUCGUCUGCUACCCUACUUGCACGGGCCGGCGGGACCACAGAUCGUCCUUCGUCGGCUACCGUCUUCGCCCUGGCCGCGGACGUUCACUGGACGAGCGUGCGGGCCGGCGCGUUUGUGAGUUGGCAGCAUACACCGUGCAGGUGUGCGUAGACGUUUGCUGGCGAUGGGGCGCGCGAGGGACUGGCGGGUAGGUGUAGUUGGACUCAUCCAGCGACGGGAGGUCGAAGGACACAAGGUGGGCUGUGCUGUAUGCGAGCCGAUUGCCAGGCCAUUCGCGGUGCUCGUCGAGAUGUGGUGGGCAGCAUCGUGGUUAACCGUGAGAUGUUGCGCGGCGGGAGGUAGUGUAUGGGCAUGCACGCGCAGUCGUCGGUAGAGCCUGUGAGACGAAGGCUUGUGAGUAGCGUAAGAAGGUUGUUGCUACUCGUACGCACCUUCGUUCAAAGCGUCCUAUCGAGCGUCGAGCACAGGAAGUCAUUUUGGGAGCGAUGUGCUCGGGCUGCGUGCAUCAGACUGGCACAUGGCAACUCGCAGAGUGCGGACAUGCUAUCAGUAGUCUGUCUUAGCGGGA